GUCAUGUACUAAUACAUGUGUCUACCCAGUUUGGAUAAUAAUUAACUGAAGAUGACAGCAACGUAUCUUCUUUUGACUACAGUUGUCUUUAGUAUGGCUCUAAAAGCUUGUGCUGCUAGAAAGUUGGCUGUAGCAGGUCCCAUCAAUACAUUUGGGUUAAAGCUCCUGUCACACAGUCCCCCUGGUGAGAACGUGAUGAUAUCUCCUUACUCCAUAUGUACUGCUGUGGCAAUGCUGAAUGCUGGUGCUGCUGGAACCACUAAAGCUCAGAUUGACAAAGCAUUUGGUUGGGGUGAUAUAGACCGCUUGUCAGGGCAGUACAGGAAGUUGUUAAGUUCUGUGGGCUCCAGUGGAGAAUUCAACCUCAGCUCCAGCAACAGGUUGUAUGUGGAUAAAGAGUUCCACCCUCUACAGAGCUAUACUAACACUCUUUCUGGUGACUUUGGAGCAGAUUUGGAGAGAGUGGACUUCAGUUCAGGUGACAACUCCGACACAGUUCAACAAGUCAACUCCUGGGUUGAAAGUCAGACUAACGGCAAAAUCGACAAGAUGUUUAAAGAAAUAGAUCCGCAAACUAGAGCUAUUCUCAUCAACACCAUAUACUUCAACGCCCAAUGGCAGAUACCUUUUACUAAAACAGUGAAAAGGGCUUUCUACACAGAUGAAAGUCACCACACCAUGGUGGAUACCAUGACAGUGAGUGCGGUGUUCGGUUACUAUAGAAGUGAGGAUGUAGAGGUUGUUAAACUGCCCUACCUUGCCGGCAAGUCAGAUAUCAGCAUGAUAAUAAUAAAACCUGCAGCUAGAGGUGGCCUAGCAGCUCUCGAGAAAAAGAUCAUCAAGAAACGGUUUUCUAAAAUCAAUAAGUGGAUAAAAAAGGUUAACGAAGUCUAUUCAUACACCAUCGCGCUUUCAAUGCCAAAGUUUGAGUUCGGGUCUAAAUUUGACAACUUGAAAGAAAUUCUCAAAGAAAACUUUGGUGUGAAAGAUGUUUUUAAUGUUGGUAAAGCGGAUUUAAGCGGAAUUGACGGAAGUAGAAAUUUGUUCGUGUCCUCGGUUAUUCAUCAGUCUUUUAUCUCUGUUGAUGAGAAGAGAACGGAAGCAGCGGCAGCAACAUCCGUACAAGUCCGAUUCAGGAGCGGACCUAGAAGAGUUAAUAUUGAUCACCCCUUUAUGUUUCUGAUAUACGAUCAGAAGAAUAAAGUAGUUCUCUUUCUUGGUCGGAUGUAUACCCCUGGUAAUGCAGAAUGAUCUUGGUACUGGAAACGAAACGUAUUAGGAAUGAUCAUGGAACAACAAAUUAUAAAAUUGUGGUGUGGUGGGCUUUAAAAAAAAGAAACAAACAAACACGUAAAUUGCAAUUUCUCUGCUCAGUGAAGUUUUUCUGGUACAGUAAAUUUUCUCUAUAAUAAUUUUAAUGACGAGUUUAAACUUCGGAUUUCCCGUUCAAAAUUUUAUCUCUAUUUUUGUAUAUUAUCAAUUAAAAAUUUGGGCAAUUCGAUAAUCUGUCGGUGGUCACUUAACGCACGGUUAGCUCACGGUUAACGCACACUUAACACAUCGACAGAUUACCGAAUUGCCAAAAUUUGUGUGUUAAAAUUCUUUGUUUUUAAUUUUGACAAGAAUGAUUAUAAUAAUAUUAUAAUGACUUAGAUAUCCCCCUUCCCCCCAUCUAUCCAAGUCUAAUUGAUUAAAAAUUUUUGAUUUUUCCAGAACUAUGUUAAACCGCUUUUUAUGUUUGCUGAUUUACAAAAUAUAAUGGAUAUAAGAUUUAAAUUAUUAUCGAAGAAUUUAUUUUAUAUUUUACAGAUUAUCAUAAAAUCGUACAAUUUCAUAUCAUUCAUUUUAAU